AUGAGUGCAAAGAUCCCUAGAAACUUUAGGCUCCUAGAGGAGCUGGAGAAAGGCGAGAAAGGCUUGGGUGCAGAGGCGUGCUCGUAUGGACUUGAGGAUGGCGAGGACCUUCUCAUGACCAACUGGAACGGAACCAUCCUGGGCCCUCCCCAUAGCGUUCACGAGAACCGCAUCUACAGCCUCAAGAUCCACUGCGGUGGACAAUACCCCGACGUUCCCCCCGAAGUUACCUUCGUCUCCAAGAUCAACCUGCCCUGCGUAGGACCGACCGGAAAGGUCGACCCGUCGAAGCUCCCGUGUUUGGUUCAGUGGAGGAGAGAGUUCACAAUGGAGACUAUUCUAAUCGAGCUGCGGAGGUAUAUGGCGCUUCCUGCCCAUAAGAAAUUACCCCAGCCCGCUGAGGGAUCCAACUACUAAGGAAUCAUCCUGGUGCAAACAAUGCACACGCUUCCGUAUUCGGUAUACUGGGGAUCAAGUUGUAUAACGACGGGGAUGUGGACUUUCAACACGAGUGACGCAGCGGCUUGAACUCUCGACGUUAAUUAUUUGUAUGCAUACAGCGGUGUACAGGAUGUUAACGUCUUUGUACCGGAGGGUUUGAUAUCAUAGCAUAUGUUAGGGCGAGUUAGGCUUUCCACGACCAACUUUGAAUGAAUGGCAAUGAUUACCUUAACUCCCUAUCUUUCCAAUGAGACGUAUAAAUACAAGCCUAAAUAAAUGAACUGCAGAUAGACAAUUAAAUGUGUGCGAAGUCAAAGCACUCUGCUCAGG